AUGGAGCGCAGUCGCGGCGUCCCUGACGCAGAGUUGUUUCUGAACAAGCCUUCUGAGGAGGACUGCGACAGCCCGACUGUCGAGCCUCUGAGGAUAUUCAAGCCUCAGAGCCCCAAGCCGUCGUCCUCGACCGACCGAUUCAAGUACCCCGCUCCUCCGUCGGCAUCCGGCACCCCCUCGUCCUUCACCUCGAAACCGACCUUUCCUCUGCCUCCGGGCGCCUCAAGCUCCGCCGCUCCUCUUCCUUACCCCGACGAAGAAGACCUCCGACCUAGCAAACCAAGCAAGCCUGCGAUUACUGCCCCGAAGCGUUUUGGCUCCGACUACAAUGAUACCACUCCGCGUAUAAACGCUACCAGCCCUGUUGAGACCAAGAGUCCGACCCUUGCUGAACGUCGCGGCGCCGGCCCGAGACCUCUGGGAGCCACGUCUCCUACGAGCCCUUCCGGCGAGGAGGGCAACCUCUUUGCAAAGCCUUUGAGCCAGCCUCAGCCUCAGCGCCCGGUCGCCGCAACAACGAACUACCCCUCUUACACCAAGAAGCCGUAUUAUCCUCCUCCUGGAGGAUCAGCAAGCUCCACGCCUCCCGCUCAGAGCCACGUCCAGAGACCACCUCCGCAGCCUCAAACCCACAGCUCUGAGCAUCUCGAUAUGCCUGGCCAAAGUAAUGUGAAUAGGUUCGCGUCUACUGCUUCCACCUCAACAACACGUGCCAGCCGAGGAUCUCCACCUCCUCCGGAAACCCCAAUCGUGGAACCGGGCGUGAUCCCUGGUGGUGGUAUUGAGGCUCGUUACGCUGCUUCCGGUAUCUCGGGCACGGCGACAUUGACUAGCCUUCAAGCGCAGCAAGCUCAGAGCUCUGCUGCGUCUCAAAGGCUCGCGCAGUAUGGCGGGGCACCGCCGCCAGCUCGACCUUGGACACCUACAGAGAACCCAGAGAAUCAACCUCAUGGACCUCCAACUGUGUACCAGGGGAUGAACCCCGUAGCAAGUCCUACUCAGCCCACGUUCAGUCCUCCGCCUCAACAGCCCGUAAACCAAGGUGACCAGCCUGCUCUGCAAGUGAGCGUCUUGGAGCAAGACUUCCAGCGAAUGGAUAUGAACGAGCCUCCCCCAGCUUACUCCAGCGUCAACCCCGGAGGCAACUCGUCCUACCCCGCCGAGAAGCAACGUCCAGCUCAGCAGAGAGCAGACUCGCAGCCCUCAGUGGCUACGGCCGUCGCACAAUCACCCCCAAAGAAGCCCGCGACAGCUGGCCCUGCUGCAGCAGGACUCGCUUCACCAGCUUUACAAGGUCACCCGGCCUUCGCCAACGAUCCCCGACCAGAGCAGCAGAAUGGUUCUCCAGGACCUGCGCAACAGGCGCAGCCACAAGCACAACCUGCGGCAACUCCGGUCACGCAGACUGCUCAAGCUCCUGCUAGCUUUCAAAAUGCCGGGCCAUCCUCUCCGCCUCCGUUGCCUGAGGGCUGGAUUGCGCAUCUCGACCAGAACUCUGGACAGUAUUACUACAUUCAUCUGGCCUCCCAGGCCACGCAGUGGGAGUUUCCUAAGGGCCCCAACCCGAUUCAUCAUGAGCAAGCUCCCCUGUCACCUACUGCGUCGACUUACGGCAACCCUCUCGCAUCUCCCACGAUGUUCGGCAAGCAAAGUAUGGGAUCUCCGAUGUUCCCCCCGUCUACUCCCGGUUAUGCCGAGAGCAUCAUGAGCGUUGCCGUUUCUCAGACUCCUACCACGGCCGGCUUCUCUGGGCCGCCUCCGAGUGCUGGCGUCGAUAUGUACAAGAUCCAGCCCACCAACGGCGUGUAUUUUGGCCCGUACCUGCGGUACUGCAAUAUGGACAUGGAGAAGGGUUCAUGGCUGGGCAGUAUCAUGAUCGUGACUGAUGCGCCUCAGCCCCCGACUAUUCACCUGCACUUGAGCGCCGACUUGUCUCCCAACCCGCGACAGUUGGUGCCGCACAAUAUCUUCACUCACCAGCGCUGGACGUUUUACAAGUAUGAUAUUGAGCUACCUAUGAGCGAGAAUGGCACUGAGAGGUGGACAUACGCGGUCACGUCUCACCUGGGAUGUACCAGAUAUGAAUUCGUCGUUGCUGGUCGCCAUGAGAACGGCUGGAGAUUUAUUGCCCACUCCAACAAUGAUUUCGCUGCGUCCACGUCCCAGAACGAGAGAUCAAAGCUCGGAGGCGUGGGCUUCAUGUGGAAAGAUGUAUUGCAGAAAAACGUCGACUGCGGAGGGUUCCACGUCCAACUCGGCCUCGGCGACCAGAUUUACGGCGACAGGUUAUGGAAAGAAGUGCCCUUGCUGAAGCAAUGGCUGGCAAUGAGCGGCAGGGACAACAGGAAAAAUGCACAGUGGACUGCUCGGCACGAAGAGGACGUCUCGCAUGCUUACUUCCACUACUACACCAGCCACUUUGACCAACCUUACCUGAGAGAAGCGUUUGCUCAAAUCCCACACAUCUUGCAGGUCGACGACCAUGAUAUUUUUGACGGCUUUGGUUCAUACCCUGAGUACAUGCAGGGCUCUCAAAUGUUCAAGAAUGUUGGCCGUAUAGCCAUCGAAAUGUACUUGCUCUUCCAGCACCACACGACUGUGGAGAUCCUUCGCAAUGUCAGCAAUGACACAGACCUUUUCACGAUCACCGGCCAGGGCUGGCACUUUGUGAAGUACCUUGGCCCUGCCGUUGUGGUUGUUGGACCCGACUGCCGAUCCGAGAGAAACCAGAGUAGAGUCAUGGCCGGCCCGACCUACCAGGGUCUCUUCCCCAAGGUCGCAACACUGCCUCCCAGCGUCCAGCACUGCAUCUGGAUGGUUUCAGUCCCUCUCGUCUACCCUCGCCUCGAAGCAGUCGAGAGCUUGGCCACUGCCGUUACUACUGGUAAGAAGGCGGUCAACAUGUCAUACAACCUGCUCGGCAAGGUCACCAGCUCAGUGGCCGGCGUUGUCGGCGGCAAGGAGGUGGUGGCACAGGGUUUCACUCAGGUGAAGAAGGCCGUCGGAAAGUCUGGCCUUAUGGGCAACGUUUUGAACCAGUUCGGAGAGAUUGACCUUGCCGAAGUCCUCAAGGACAUGUGGACACACGAUUCCAAGGAUCUGGAGAGAACAUACCUCAUUCGGACUCUCCAGGGCAUCGCGCAGCAGAAGGGUAUCCGUAUGACGUUCAUGUCCGGAGAUGUCAACUGUGCCGGAGCUGGUCUGGUCCAUGAUCCUACGCACCCAAGUGACCACAAGACUAUGUACCAAAUCAUCACGUCUCCCAUCGUCGCGCAGCCAGCUAGCAACUACAUCCUGAAACUGCUCCACAACAACAAGAGCCUCUACGUGCCCCAGAACGGCCACAAGUCGAACCAUGAGGUCUCGGAUACCAAGGAGGACAUGAUGGAAAUCUUCCACACGGACGCCAGCGGGUCGGCGCGUGAGCUCAAGAAGCUCAUGGGUCGCAGAAACUACGUGGCCGUGGUCGCCUACGACCCCGAUGCCAUCCCUGGCCAGCAGCACCCCGCCAACACAGCAAACGGACAGGGUCUGACGAAGCUGAGUCUCGCGGUGGACUUUGUGGUUCAGGGUGACGGCGCUUUCACGGCGCCGACGAAGUACGGCCCGGUGAUUGUGCCUCAUCUGGAGUUUGGUCGGUAG